AUGGCAAUGGCUACACAGGGGACAAAAUGGCCCCCAUGCCAUGCCUUCCUUUCUGCAUGCCCCCAUGCCAUGCCUGACGCCACGGUUCACCCUCCAAUCAACCUGUCCCGUCAGAAGCUCCACCCCCAAAAUUUGUUGAUUGGAGGGUGGACCGUGGCGUCAGGCAUGGCAUGGGGGCAUGGAGAAAGGUUUGCAUGGCAUGGGGGCCAUUUUGUCCCCUGCGUAGCCAUUGCCAAUGGGAAUGUGAUUCCCCCAGCCAGAAAAACAGUAUUGGAGGCCCGGGACCUUUGCCGGGGGAAUUGCCAGUUGACUCGUAAUGCUUGCCCUGUUGUAAAUCCCAAAGUCAUGGACGCUCCCUGGGUUUUACUGGUUAAUUUCAUGGCUUUGAUUUGUGUGAGUGAGAGCGAGGGAGCAGGGGUUAAAACAGUAGCUCAUCUCUCUUCUGCUCUUCUGAAUUCUCCUGGUUGGAAUUCCAAUGACAACAUGUACUUGGUUUCUUCAGAUGGUACGUUUUGUGCUGGGUUCUAUAACGUGACACCAAAUCGUUAUGCCUUUGCUGUCUGGUAUGCCAACGAUUCUGAUCGAACUCUAGCGUGGAUGGCGAACUCAACUUCUCUUGUGGGUGGCAACUCUUCUUUGACCUUACAAAACGGGGCUCUCUCCAUUUUGGACGAGAAUGGUGUAAUUGCAUGGACGAGUAAGGUCACGCCUAAUUCAAAAUAUGCCCUGGAUCUUAUUGUGCAGGAUUCGGGCAAUCUGGUGUUCAAUCAAUGGGAAAGCUUUAAGGACUUCCCCACAUUUAAUCUUCUUCCCACACAAGACUUCAGCCCAGGAGACGUUUUGCAGUCGAGGUUAGCAAACGGCACUUAUGGUAGAGAUGGGAACUACUAUUCUCUUUCUUUAGAGGAACAUUCCAACAAACUUUCCUUGUACUAUCACAGGAAGGAACAGGAAGAGCAGGCACCCAAAUGGUACUGGCAAUCGGGUAGCUUUCCAGCAGUUGCUCUGGACAAGUCUGGGUAUCUGAAUUCAAGCAACAUCAUUCAAAAUUCCUUGAUCAUGGCGUCCGACAGGGGCAAGAAGGACCAGUUGAGAAGAUUGACAUUAGAUAGAGACGGAAACCUCCGUAUAUAUAGUCGGAAAAGAUAUCCUCCUUCUUCUUCAUGGGAAAUAGUCUGGGAAGCCGUCUCGCAGCACUGCAGAAUCCAUGGGGUCUGUGGAGAGAACGCUGUGUGUAAGGUAAACUCGGGGUGGAAACCAAUGUGUGAAUGUCCGCCUGGUUUCGACCCGAGCCCAGUCGAUAAUCGAAGCUGCAAACCGCACAGUGAUAUCAAGAAUCUCACCAAUGUAAGAUUUGUAGCGCUUGACUUCGUCAAUUUUGAUGGACCUAAUUCUGUACCAGGGCCUGCAAAAAGAUUACAAGUCUGCAUAGAGUUUUGCAGGAACAAUAGCACGUGUCUGGGUUUCGUGCACCAACUCGACAAAGGAAACUGUGUCUACCAAUUCGGCAAAUUGGUGAACGGAUAUUGGUCUCCAGAUGGGCAAACGCGCAUGUAUUUGAAGAGCUCUGCAAGCGGGGAAGAAGCUGCUCCGAAUCUCUUUCAUGGUUUGCUCUCUGUAGUUCAAAAUGUUUGUCCGAUCCGUCUAGAAAUACCUUUCCCCAGGACUCAAUCGGACUACACGACACGAAAUCUCAUCAUAAUCUGCUGCGUUUUCGGGUUAGAGCUCUUGUGCGGGGCUUAUGCCUUCGGUGCUUUUCUGAGGAGGUACACGGAAUUAAGAGACAUAGCCCGAAUAUUCGCAAUGGAUCUUCUUCCUUCUGGUGGGCCUAAGAAAUUCUCAUACGCAGAGCUCAAAUCAGCCACCAAUGAUUUCAGCAAUAUAGUGGGGAAGGGAGGAUUCGGGAGAGUGUACAAGGGUCUUCUGCCGGAUCAGAGGCAGAUUGCAGUGAAGAAACUGGAAGGACUUCAUCAUGGGGAACAACAAUUCUGGGCAGAGGUGACAAUCAUAGGGCGAAUCCAUCACCUCAACCUUGUUCGCAUGUGGGGAUUUUGCGCAGAAGGUGAGCACAGACUUCUGGUUUACGAUUACAUACCCAAUGGGUCUUUAGAGAAGCAUUUGUUCGACACGGAUGGAGCGACUGCAAUGGAGUGGGGCGUCCGAUACCGCAUAGCUUUGGGGGUCGCAAGAGCCAUUGCUUACCUUCAUGAGGAGUGCCUAGAAUGGGUUCUUCAUUGUGAUAUCAAACCAGAGAAUAUUUUGGUCGAUGAGAACUUUUGUCCCAAGGUUUCUGAUUUUGGACUAGCUAAAUUGGUUGAGAAAGAACGCACCCUGAAAGUGUCUACGAUCAGAGGGACACGGGGAUAUUUAGCACCAGAGUGGUUUCAAAACUAUCCUAUCACGGCAAAGGUGGAUGUGUUCAGCUUUGGAAUGGUGCUUUUUGAAAUAGUUAGCGGAGAAAGGAAUAUAAAUGGCUCACCUGAACAAGAUAGUGAGUUCUAUUUUCCUGAAUGGGCAUUCCAGAUGGUGAUGGUGGACAGUAAGGCAGAAGAGGUUGUGGAUAAAAGAUUAGAGGGGAUAAGAGAAUGCCAAAGUGCAAUGGAAGAGGUGAGGAGAGUGGUGAAGACAGCGUUGUGGUGUAUUCAGAGUCGGGCGGAGGAGAGGCCUUCGAUGGGCAAAGUGGCGAAGAUGUUGGAAGGCAGCAUAGAAAUUGAGGAUCCUCCUAGGCCCUCACUAUUCCUAGACAGUAAUGAAGGUCUAUAA